AACUACGAUGUAUUUACUAAAAUAUGGCGGAUCUUCCUGUCACGCUGGAAUUCAGUGGUGGAGCUGAACUCCUUUUUGACAAAAUCAAGAAACAUCAGAUCAAAUUGCCUCUGGAAGAUAACAAACAAUGGAAAAUCAAAGAUCUGCUACCAUGGAUCCGUGAUAAUUUGCUGAAAGAAAGACCUGAACUUUUCCUUCAAGGACACAGUGUGCGACCUGGAAUUUUAGUCCUAAUCAAUGAUGCCGACUGGGAAUUAAUGGGUGAACUGGAAUAUCAAAUUGAAUCAAAUGAUAAAAUUGUAUUUAUAUCAACGUUACAUGGAGGUUAAAUAAAUCUAUAUACAUCAACCACUUAA